UCGAGACCAAAAAACCGUCUAUUUAUCAUCAACCUUGAUUCCCUGAGAUUAACAAGUGUUGGGAAAGUAGCCCAACACAAUUUUGUAAACCAGCGCAUUCACGCCAAAACACGACGAUGCAUCUCCUGUCUUCACUAGUAAAAGAAACUGUGCCAAACUACUUAUCCGGCCUCCCGAUCCCGGACACGAUCGGCGGAUGGUUCAAGUUGGGAAUUAAGGACUGGUGCGCCCUGGUGCCGCCCACCGCCGCCCUCGCCGGACUCACGUACGUGACCUACAGGGCGUUCUGCCCCCACGGUCGUCCCCAGCCCACCGGCAUCGUCAACCCCAAGAUCCUGAAGAGCAACCCCAAAGUCGUCGACACCAUUGACGUGGAGGACAUUGCCGAGAAGGCAGCCUUUUGUCGCUGCUGGAGGAGCAAAAACUGGCCCUACUGUGAUGGUGCCCACGGUACCCACAACAAGGAAUGUGGAGACAAUGUAGGACCGAUUGUAGUAAAGAAAUCGAAGUAAUUGAGUCCUGGCUUGGUUAGACCACGAGGUGGAAUUAAUUAACAAUUUUGGUGAAACGGUUCUUUAGAAAUUUCUUUUUUACGCAUUAAUUGUUAUCAUAAUUUAUGAUGUACAUUUAUCUGAUUGUUGAAUUAAAUAUUUAAUUUAGU